CUUUGGGGAGGUGCUUUAAAUCCGACUGCCAGAGCUGUGGGCUGCUGAGAGCAGAAGCUGAGUGCAGGAUGCUGAGCUCAGGUCUUCCUCCUGUGUUCCUUUUGCUCACAGCACUGGAGCUGAGCUGGUCCCUGAGUGAUGAAGAAAAGAAAAUUAUCUUGGAUGGGCACAACCAGUAUCGUUCCCAGGUCUCCCCUCCUGCCAUGGACAUGCUGAAGAUGACCUGGGACACAGAACUGGAGGCCUUUGCUCAAGCCUAUGCAGAGAAGUGCAUCUGGGACCACAACAAGGAGAGGGGCAGACGAGGGGAGAACCUCUUUGCUAUGGCACCAAUCCUGGACCUGGAAUUUGCCGUGGAAGAUUGGAACGCGGAGGAGAAAUAUUACAACUUCUCCACUGCCACCUGUGUCCCCGGGCAGAUGUGUGGCCACUACACCCAGGUGGUCUGGGCAAGCACACAUCAGAUUGGCUGUGGGUCCAAGUUCUGUGAGAAGAUUGAUGGGCUGGACACAGAGGACAUGUACCUCCUGGUCUGCAACUAUUACCCCCCGGGUAACGUGAAAGGCCGAAAGCCCUACAGGGAAGGACCCUCCUGUUCCCAGUGUCCCCAGGGCAGAGUUUGUGUCAACUCCUUGUGUGCAGGUUCCCAGGACACUGAAGAACAAGAGGCAGACUCAGACAUGGAUCAGCCCACGGCUGGAGCCCCCACUAUUUGCUUGGGGCUUUCACUCUUCCUCCUACCCAGUGUCAUCUUGGUGAGCCUUCUGCUUUGAAUGGUCUUCCUCAGCUGUCUCUGCACCAGUCACAAAGACUUUCUUCAGCACUGGUUGUUCCACAACCCUGGUAGGCUUGGGAAACCCUUCUCUUCUUACGCUGCCUUACCUGCUCCAGCCCUGCUGAGCCACGGGCAGUCCCAUGGGAACCUGGAGACCCAAAGGCAGGAGGGUUUCUGCCAUGAUGCUGGUGACCUUGGAUGCUCCUCCUUUCUUCCCAGCCUGGGCUUUUGGUCUGUUUGCAGCCUGGAAGGGGUGAACUGUCCCACCCCACUGUGUGGCUGGCAGGCCCCACCACACCGUGUCCCCAUGGAGAGCAGAAGGACAGAGACAGAGGUGGGGGGAGAUGUGGUGCUGGGUUUGCUGUUUUUCUGCAGAGAUGUGGUGGUUGGGUUUUGGUGGUUGGCAGGAUGAGUUUCCAACAAAAAUGCUCUUCUCCCCUCCUGAUGUAUCUGAAUUUUGGAGAAGCUUCAUCUUUUUGUCCAAAAAGAGCAUCAGGUUGUUUGGGUUUGUUUAUUUUUCCCCACAGGAGAGGAUUUCUGUUUCCCUCUUGGUCCUGGUGUAGCUAUGGCCAGUAUUACCCCACUGUACUCCUUCUCCUCACACCUCAGCAGCCUUUCUCUCCUUCUUCUCCUGCCCCAUGUACCCAUUCCACAGUUAGUCCAUUGCCACAACUUUAUUUUACGCCUGUGCCUGCACCCAAGCACAGAAGAAAAACCUUCAGUGCUCAAGAGGAGCUCCCAGCUCCUCCAGCCAGCUCUCCUCUGCAUGGCUUCCUCCUUUGCAUCACUUCAGUGUAUCUGAAUUUAAAUACAGAUCCUGGUUGGCCUAUAUUUUACGUGUGUGGUGGAAUUUGGGCCAGGAGAUCCAAAUCACCCCCUGUGCUGGUACAACCUGAGGUGACAAGAGCCCAGGGAAUGGUGUUGGAAGUUACUGGUGGUUCCAGGAUUUGGUUUUCCAGGACCACUUUUGUUGUCUGGGAUGCUGUGUGUUUCAUUCCCCUGUGUUUCUGCUCCUUUCACCUGAGGUUUCCCAGGAAGGUGUGUGAAAUAUGGGACAAGCUGGAAGGGAUUAGGAGACAGGCUCCUUUUUUUUCUGGGUUGUUGGCACCUCAAACAGAUGAGGUGGGGAAUGACCUGAAGGUCAAGAUUUGCCUCCUCCCCCAUGCUGCUGUGUCCUGUGCAUCUCCAAAGCAUGCACUGAAUAAAUCCUGUUGUGGAAAAGCUGC